UGCGUGACCAUAAGAGAGCAGGAAUUGGAGCAUUUUUGUAGGACAGCAGCCCGAGCGACUGCCGAACUUAGUUUAGUUUUUGAUACUGAAUGGGGUGAUCACAACUCAGUCAUCAAUACGGAAGCCGUUCAUCGUAAAAUCCUCAUGAAAUCUGCAGACACCAUUUUACUUCUGCAGCUACACAUGAAGCCUCUGCACGGAGUCUUCAUCAACAACAUUGAAGGCCAUGGCAGUUCGAGUGAGCUGAAGUCAGAAACUGAAAAUUUGAUCAUGGCUCGAAAGGCCAUUCUGACGGUAGGAUUCCUCAGCGUGAAAAAAUGGCUCCUACGAAAGAAACACCAGAUAGAAUUAGCCCGGAAACGCGGCUGGAAGGGGUACUGGGUCUGUCUGAAGGGAACGACGCUCCUCUUCUACCCUUGCGAUUCCCGGGAAGGACGUUCAGUAGAGGCGGCCCCGAAGCACCUCAUCAUUGUCGACGGGGCCAUAAUGCAACCUAUUCCCGAACAUCCCAAAAGGGAUUACAUUUUCUGUUUGAGCACGGCCUUCGGUGACGCCUACUUAUUCCAGGCGCCCUGCCAGGAUUAUAAAUUGAAGCAUAUGGCAGAAAUGCAACAAUCAGUAGUUGGCGACUCAGAAGCUCGACUUCAAAUUGCCAACCAAGUGGUCCAGUGGGAAGAAAACUUAGAACGGCUACAUUGUGAACAGUUCAGGCUACGGUGUUAUAUGGCAAGUUUGCAGAGUGGAGAGUUGCCUAACCCCAAGUCCCUUCUGACACACGUAUCACGAGCAACGAAAAAUACACUAAACAAGCUGGGGGUAUUCACAGUCUCUUCCUUCCAUGCCUUCAUUUGCGCUAGAAGUCCUUCGCUUCUGAACAACCUGCUUGCUGGACGGGGAGCUACAAAAAGGAGGCCGCCUAUGCUAUCCAGGUCCAACAGCGGAUCCAGCAGGAGAUCUUUACAAAUAAAUUCCCGUGAUGAAUCAGAAAAAACGGUUAAGGUAUCUUUGCCGGACUCAGCUACGGCAACCGUAUAUGUACGAGACUCCAUGUCUGUAGAAGAAUUUUUAGCAAGUGCGUGUGCUAGGAAAAACCUCAGUGCUACAGAACAUUUCAUCCGAGUGAAGAAGAGAAGGGAAAUGGAGGACCACAACUAUUUCGUGCCACAUAGAAGCGAUUUAAUUGAAACCUAUCUUCAUACUCAUGAAGUCGUCGAAGUGUGUGCCAAAAUAUUAUAUCAAGUGGAGCUCUCCCGCAGCACUCUGGAGCAAAUGUGGGGUUUCAGUGUGGAGGCGGAAUUAGUCGAAAAUGCUGACCGACAGGACGAACUUUGCUGUUACGUUAGUCGGGUGGAGGACAAAAGUGUGGCGAUGCAAAACGGUAUCAUCAAAAGUGACGAAAUCAUGGUCAUCAACGGUGCCAUCGUGUCAGAUCUUGACAUGAUGUAUCUGGAAAGCGUCCUUCAGGAAGAACUUGCACUGUGUAUGAUGAUGCGAUCUUCAAGAGUGGAACCUCCGGACCUCGCUGGUAUACUGAGAGCGACGGACGACAUCAUCGACAGCCUUGUUUGUCCACCGCCACCGUCUGAGCCACCCGUCAUCAGCGAAGAAAUGAUCUCAGGACUCAUCGUACCUGCCCCAGGUUGGAGUAAAGAUCGAUAUUCCACAGACUCCGAAAAUCCACCAUCAUCAAUGACCGACUCGGGUAUCAGAGUCAGUUCCAGAACCAACUCAUUCGAAAUAGAGAAUUUGCUCAAAACGGCCGAACAGGUAACUGGCUUCUGCCGAUCUCCAAUAGAAACAAGGAAAGCCAUCAGCCCGACUGGUAGUGUCGUCAGUAACACAUCUCAAGCUGCCUUAACACCUUCCAGACAGUUGUCGGAUUCAGAAAAGCUGCGGAAGGUUAUUUUAGAACUCGUGGAUACCGAAAGGGCUUAUGUAAAAAAUCUGAACAACUUGUUGGAAAACUAUUUAGAGCCUCUCAAGAGAGAAACGUUCCUUUCGAAUGCCGAGAUCAACGCUCUCUUCGGUAACAUACAAGAAAUUGUGACAUUCCAAAGACAGUUUCUACAGAAUCUGGAGGAAGCUUUGGAAUUAGAACCGGAUUUCCAUAAAUUUGAAUAUAGUAGCCAGUUCAGGAACGUCUUAUUCUCCAUCGGAAGCGCAUUUUUAUAUUAUGUAAAUCACUUCAAACUAUACAGUUCGUUUUGCGCAAGUCACAGCAAAGCUCAAAAAGUCCUGCAUCCAAACGAAGGCAACCAGGCGCUUCAAGAGUUCUUGGCGGCGAGAAAUCCCAAACAACAACAUUCUUCUACCCUAGAAUCUUAUCUCAUCAAACCCAUUCAAAGGAUAUUGAAGUACCCGUUGUUGUUGCAGCAGCUGAGAAAUUUGACUGAUUCUAGCAGUGACGAGCAUCAACAUUUAGUAGGCUCGAAUAUGAGCCCCGAAGGGGUCGACCUAGAGUAA